UCCCCUAAAAUCAAGCCCAGCCUCCCAGAGCUGUAGUCUAAUCAUCAUGGGUUCAACGACUUUACAGAAAAAUGGAUAGAAAACGUCUUCAGCUCCUUCCUUUGGACUCAAAUGUUUUCUUUUUGACUGUCUAUGGUUUAGCUGAAAAAAUCAAAGCAAUUUUGCCAUGGGGUGCGGACUUAGAAAGCUAGAAGACCCUGAUGAUAGCAGCCCUGGAAAAAUAUUUUCUACCCUGAAGAGACCGCAAGUGGAAACAAAGACAGAAUUUGCUUACGAAUAUGUAUUGCUGGAUUUUACUUUACAAGCCUCGCCGAACCCAGAAGUCAUCAAGAUAAAUUCAAUUCCAGAUAUAGUAACAAAAGUGGAAGACUACUAUCUUAAAGGAUAUAUUGUUGGGGCUGUUCAUCCUGUUAUACAACCUGUGAGGCAGCGAAAACACCUGCCUGCAAGUUACCUGUACAGGGUAGUGCUACUGCGCUUGAAGUUAAGCGUGAAGCAAUCGGCAGUACCCACUGGACAAAGACGCCCAAGGCUUGUGAUUGAGGAAUGUCCUCUAACUUACGAGACACAAACAAAUGACAUAGCAAAAGAACUGAUAGAAAAGAUUAAUAUAGCUGCUAAGAAAGGAAUGAAAUUUGUCGGAUUCAUAUCACAGCCUUAUCCACCACUUAAAUUCUGCAACGGAACCAACCAUGAUGAAGAUCUAGAGUCAACGCUGCCUGUGAGACACACUUCAGAUGAAAACUGUAAAAGUUGGAAUGAAGGAACACUAAGUGGGCAAUCAUCUGAGAGUGGAAUUGAGGAAGAACUUCAUCACGACAGUGGACAGUGUCAAGUGGACCGAGAUGGCAGCCCCCAUCCUAAGUCAGGAAAGGGAGAAGAAUACAAGUUGUAUACAAUAUUCAAUGUUUUUGAUGAUGAGUCAACCUGCUGGACCUAUCAAGAAGGCAUCCUAUCAAUGAAAGUAACAAGAAAAGGAUCUGUCAUUAGUACACUUGAUGCCGACUGGCUGGAGUUAACUACAUUUUAUUAUAAACAAGGCUUGUCUUUAAUUGAUUCUUUUGUAUGCUGGGAAACAUCUAAAGGGGACUAUUUGCCUAAAUCUUUGGAAGGAUUCUUUAUCUAUGAAGAAGAAGGUUCUGGAGUUCCAGGUUCCAGUAGGAAAGGAAAUGAUGCCAUCGUAGUAGAACAAUGGACCGUUAUUGAGGGCUGUGAAAUCAAAACGGAUUAUGGCCCUCUGCUGCACACUCUGGCUGAGUUUGGAUGGCUCCUGACAAGCGUGUUGCCUACACCUAUACUGAGACAUGACAGUGAAGGGAAUUUGGCUACAAAGCAGGUUGUGUUCCUUCAGAGACCUGUUAUGUGGAAUUCAGCUGCUCAAACACCAGAAAGGAAAGCCAGCCGGCACACAAAAGGUGAAGACAGGAACAAAGUCACCAGCAGGAGCAUCGGAUUAGACACAGCCACGUCACAACCGACAGACAGCAGAAACCCGCCUGUGGAGUGCUUCCUCUCUCCUCCUGGAGAGUGUUGGACAAAGGAGAGGCCGACACAGUACAGCAGCUUCCCCGGCUUCAGCAGCAAUGACAGCGUCCUACGGGAAUUAGACGAUGGUCAGUUUGACCAGGAAGAUGGAGUAACUCAGGUCACUUGUAUGUGAGCAACGAAGUAAAGCGAUGGAGGGCCCUGUAAAUAAUUAGUAAAAUAAUUGCCAACUGA